AAAAAAAAAAAAAAAAAAAAAAAUACGUGCAUAGAAAUACUAUAGACAUCCCUGCAUAUUUAUCUUGGCGAUCAAAAGAAGAAGAAGAAGGAAAUAGGAGAGAAAAAGAAAAGCCCCCCUUCUUUUCUUAUUUACUUUAUAUAUAAGCAAUGUCUUUUCUUUUCUAUAUUUUCUACAUUUAUUAUGACUCGCAACAAUCAGAAAAAGACACCUCUUUUGACUCAUUUAGUGGCUGGUGGUGCUGCUGGUUUUAUGGAAGCUUGUGCUUGCCAUCCCCUUGAUACCAUUAAAGUCAGAAUGCAACUAUCAAAGACAGGUUCAAGAAAUGCCAAUGGUCAACGAUUGGGAUUCUUGGGUGUAGGUACAAAGAUUGUGAGAAAUGAAUCUUUUUGGGCAUUGUAUAAAGGUUUAGGUGCUGUUGUUUCUGGUAUUGUACCUAAGAUGGCUAUUCGUUUCUCUUCUUUUGAACUGUACAAGUCAUGGAUGGCAGAUACGCAUGGUGUAGUGAGCACUAGCUCUGUUUUCUUGGCUGGUCUUGCUGCUGGUACAACAGAAGCUGUUCUUGUUGUUAGUCCUAUGGAUUUGAUCAAGAUUCGUCUGCAGGCUCAACGCCAUUCAAUGGCUGAUCCAUUAGAUAUUCCAAAAUACCGUAAUGCACCUCAUGCUGCUUACACCAUUGUAAAAGAAGAAGGUGUCAGAGCAUUAUACAAAGGUGUCACUUUGACAGCCUUAAGACAAGCUACCAACCAAGCUGCCAACUUUACUGCUUAUCAAGAGAUGAAAAAGUUUGCAUUAAAAGCACAAGAUGUGGCUGAAUUGCCUUCUUAUCAACACUUGGUUUUGGGUGGUGUCUCUGGUGCCAUGGGUCCACUUUCAAAUGCGCCUAUUGAUACCAUCAAGACCCGUAUCCAAAGAUCGUCUGCAUCUGGAAGUGGAUUUGAGCGAUUGAAGACAGUGACAUUUGAAAUCCUUCGAAAAGAAGGUCCUUUGGCUUUCUAUAAGGGUCUUACGCCUCGUCUUUUGCGUGUUGCUCCUGGUCAAGCUGUUACUUUUAUGGUAUAUGAAAAAGUCAAGGCCUUGAUUGAUCGUUUUUCUGGACAAGUUCAAGAGAAAGACAUAUCAAAACUGAUUAGUAAAUAAGAAUAAACAUUAUCGAUGGUUUCAUCUCUAGCAUCCAUAUCCAACGUUACUCCUUACAAUGAUUGCACCGUAAAGACAAUCGUUGCAUAUUUCUGAGAAUAAAAUAAGAUGGUGUAUGUGUGUGUCUGCCGACUUUUUUUUUUUCUUUAUC